AAGAAGCAGAGCGGGACUUCCCACGAAGAAGAAAAUGUACUGUGCCCUGCUUAUAGUGGACACAAACGGCCAUUAAACCUACAAGAAAAUAUUAAAAGCCUAGUCAGUUUCUCACAAAAGAUUUUAAUUUAUUGUUCAUUAAAGAAGGAAACGGCCUCGGUCUGGCAGCGUUUACAGGAUGGCAGCCCCUUUAGCGCCUUUGUGGGACGAACACCAGGCCUACGAGGAGCUGCUGUACUGGGACAGCCUGCUUCAACAGGGCCACCGACUCCUCCCGGAGGACUUUGAUAGAUACGAGGAGCUGCGUUACUGGUACGACUGCCUGUGUUAUGAGGAGGAGCUGAGACAAUACCACGAUUACAUGACUAGCAUUGGGGGUAUUGAGGAUCAUCGUCAUAUGGAGGAGGCCCUGGUCCCUCGGAAGCACACAGGCGCACUCGACCGCACAGUAAUGGCCAAACACGCUGAAGUGUACCCCUCUGCAGAGGAGCUGGAUGCUGUGCAGAGAAUAGUUUCCCAUGUGGAAUGUGCCCUGAAGACUGUGUCUAACACAAUCGAUACUCCAAGUGAUCCCAGUGACUACACAGAAGAACUGAGCAUGAUGGAGGAUUCAAAAGAUCGUGUCUUACGUGGCGUCAUGAGGGUUGGUCUGGUGGCCAAAGGACUCAUUCUGACGGGAGACAGGAACCUGGAGCUGGUGUUGCUGUGUUCCAGCAAGCCUACAGUGACUCUGCUAAAAGACGUGGCUGAACAGCUAGCUGCUCAGUUAAAGGUCAUAUCUGAUGAAACGUACACAGUAAACCAUGAUCCGGAGGAAGCGACCAUAGUAGUGAUAAGCACGGGCGAGACUGUCCUGACCCUGACCAUCCACCUGACGUCCCCCCUCAUCAGGACAGAGCAGAUGAGUCACACUGCAGAGGAGGAAGCCACCUCGUCAGUAGAAACGCAAACCGUCAACGAUCCGCCGGACGUUCUGGACAGGCAGAAAUGCCUGACAUCCUUGGCGUCUCUCCGCCACGCCAAGUGGUUCCAGCGCUGUGCAGACUGCCUCAGACUCACACGGGCCAGCUCCAGCGCUGCUCGACUUGGAGACCGCUCAGAAGUCCUGACCUUCCUGUGCUCCUGUGGAGACUCAGAGAGCACAGGGGCCAAAGUCAACGACCUGAACUGCGCCGUCGUCGUGAUCCGGGUCAUGAGGGAUUUGUGUAACCGUGUUCCCACCUGGAGUCCCCUCUCUGGAUGGCCUCUUGAACUGCUGGUGGAGAAGGCUAUCAGCACAUCCGACCGACCAAUGGGAGCCGGCGAGUCUCUCCGGAGGGUGCUGGAGUGCGUCGCCUCCGGAAUCCUCCUGGAGGGUGAGCGUCCACAUCUGCACAUGACGCUUUUCGAGAGAAUAGUUUUUUCGUUAGUUGCAACAUUUCUGUGCGUUUGUUUUAAAGACGGCCCUGGUGUGAAGGAUCCGUGUGAGAAGGAGGAAAUGGACUCCAUGGCAGGCCUGACUGUACAGCAGUGUGAGGACAUCACGCAGAGCGCUCAGCUCGCCUUGAGGCUGUGCGCAUUUGGCCAAAUGCACAAAGUGUUGGGGAUGGACAACAAGCCCGUUAAGCCACGCAAAUAUUUGGGCAUCGGCGGAAAGGAAGCCUCAGCACAGAUAUCAGCUGCUGGACUCUUCUGCCCACCACCAAAGAGACCCCACUCAGAGGUGGACCAACCAGAAGAGGAUCCCCAACAAGACGGCAAACAGAAGAAGUUUCCUAAAUUACAGAAGCGCUUUCAGAGGAAAUCCGUAACUGAUGAACUUAACAUGAACGCUGUGAUGCGUCUGAACCAGUACCGACCGGGCCUGGAGUACCGUCUCACAAGUCAGACGGGUCCAGUCCACGAGCCCGUCUUCACAAUAGCUGUGGACCUCAAUGGAAAGACCUUUGAAGCAACGGGGCCCUCUAAAAAAACCGCCAAACUAAACGUGGCAAUUAAGGUUCUGCAAGAUCUUGGUCUGCCAACAGGCUCGGAGUCUAAAGAGCCAAGCGGUGAUGCUGAAGGAACUCAAAAAUCGGCAGAUGCUUCGGCCGCGACCUCCGUUUCAUCGGAGGAAGUGAGUCCCCCUCCCGCCCCCAAGAGCGGGCAGGGUCCCAUCUUGACCAAAAAUGGUAAGAACCCCGUGAUGGAGCUGAACGAGAAACGCCGCAGCCUAAAGUACGAGCUGUCCUCGGAGACUGGAGCCAAACAUGAAAAGUGCUUCGUCAUGGAGGUUGAGGUCGAUGGGCAGAAGUUCACAGGGAGAGGCUCUAAUAAGAAAGAGGCAAAGGCCUACGCUGCCCUCGCUGCUCUGGAGAAGCUGUUCCCAGAUGACACCGCAGUCUCAACCGCCAGCAAAGGCCCGGCAAAGAAGAAAGUCACCUACACAGACAUGCACAUCCCCGGGUUCGGCACCAUCCGUGGCAUUCCUUCGGACGCGGGGUCCCGGGGCUGGGGAGCCAAUAAAGGGGGCAGAGGUCGGGGCCGGGGAGGCAAGCAGUUUCCACAGGGACCAAGCUACAACCAGAGUGAGGAACACUGCUCUUACUUCGACGUUGGCCUAAGGGGCACAUCCAACUACAGUUAUGAGGGCAGCGGCAGAUCGGGCUACCAUAAACUGUACGGCAACAACGCGGCCGGCUCCAUGGGGAAAAGCCCCGGCGCCGUGGCGGCCGGCAGCAGCACCGGCUACGGCACCUUCUACCCCGAGGGCGCCGCCACCUACUCCUCCCCCCCCGUGCUGAGCGCCGGCGGCCCAAAGGGGGAAAGCUACCACGCCAUGCCCCCCCCCGCCGACCAGCAGAGCCCCUACAGCUACGGCUACGGGGACGAGAAGAAGAAGAUGCUGACCCAAGGACCCGCCGACGCCCAGGGGGGCGACUACUCCAUGUACAGCACAGCGUAUCCCACCUCUGUGACGGGGGCCCAAGGGUACGCCAGCUACGGCUGGGGGGGGGACCAGUCGUCGUGGGCGACCCAGCAGGGAUACAGCAUGUACCAGAGCUACGGGGGACAGAACCAGGCCUCGGGCUCUUACUCGGGAUACAACACGCAAUACUGAUCCCCCCCCCCCCACACACACACUGCCACCCUUUAACCCAGAGUCCUCGGCGCUGAUGGUCUGAGAGGCCGCUUCUGCAAAGGAACUUGAAAACUUGUCGGUGUUUUCGUUGAAACUGGAAUUUUGCUGUUUUGUCCCCGGAGUCUCCCCCCCCCUCAGCUGUUUGUCCACAAAGUCUGUUACUUUACCUCCGUCACCUGUAUGUUGAAAUGAGUUAAUUUGUUUUUAUCUUGUGUGUUUGUUCCUGAACAGAAUGUGAUUCUGAUUUAAAGCUGCUUUUAGUUUUGAGGUAAAGUCUGUCAUUGAAGAUGCUCUAAUCUUUCUUUAAAGAACACAAAAAGGUUUUUCUUUCUUUUUCUUUUUUUUAUAAAAUGACCAGAAUUUUGCUUUCACAUCACAAUGGUUGUUCUUCUGUGGUUUAUUUUUAUCAACAGAUUACUUUAGUUAUGUGUGUGUAUUUAUAUUCUUUAUCACAUUGCUUUAGUUUUACAAGACGUCCUGUAAAUCCUGCAGCGUGGUUCAUUUUUUUGUCCAUUUGGAGGGGCGGGGCAAAGGUAGGAUUAAAGGGAGUAACAUUCAGAGCUCGACAUUAAACAAAGGAAGGCGUCUUUGUGCCAUACAUGCAUUUCACUUCAGCAAGUAAAAGCUUAUAUCCCGAAUUAGAUCACAUGGUAUUACAGAUCAUCUGCUUUGAGCCUCUUUAUUAAGCAGUCUGGAAACAUGAAACGAGCAGCUUUACCCAGUUAAACAUAAUUUAGUCCUGACUGUUAUCAAGGAUUCUCUAUGACGUACUCGUUUCUGGGCAGUCUUAGAAUGAGAGGUGAUUAGAAGAAAGCCACAAUUUCUAGUAAUAAAAAAAAUGAUAAUAAUGUGCUCCAGAAAUGGCCUUUCCUAGUUUCCUUGAAACUCAGAAUGAUUAGAAACAGUCUUUUGGAGUUGAUGUUUCCUCGAAAACACCAAAGACAUUCCUCACAUCGGUGAGGACGUCCCCGCGUGCUGCCGGAGGCUUUUGGAGGAGAGCGUACCGCCACAAUACGGCCGGGGCCUGGACGCCCGGCUGUGAGGGUAAUAAAGACAGGAGGCCAUGUGAGGAAAGUGGGACAGGGGACACAUUCAGACGGCCUCAGUCCUAAAAGCUGCAGAGCAGAUGAUGGAGUCACUCCACCACGGGAUUCUUCACCUUUAAUGUUGUAUCGCAAUGAAAUGAGCAGAAGAAUGAAUAAAUGGGAGGGAUGCGGGCUGACGUGUACCAACAUGUUAGAAGAUCUCCAAAAUCCUGUUUGACAACUGUGCUCAGUACAGAACAUCCUGACGUCUAUUCAAUUACAGUUGUUUGAUCCCUGAAAUCUUCCCUUAAAUUGAACUAAAUGAAAAUCUAUUAAAUCUGUAUUCUUAUGAGAGCAGUCAGACUUAUACUUCUGAAUGGAUCUAAGGGGUUUUCAUCAACUGACUAAAAAAAAUCCCCUCAAAACUGCAUCCUGGACUUCAGCAAUGA